AUGGGUCUCCAGGGAAUCAAAGGCCCUUCUUACAGACUUGUCCAUGGAAACGCUAAAGAAAUCUUGAACAUGAAGAAGGAAGCAAUGAGCAGAUCCAAAGGUUUAUCACAUGACAUAUUUCCUGUACUUCAACCUCAGUAUCACUCUUGGCUCAAGAAAUAUGGGAAGAUUUUUCUUCAGUGGUUAGGUACUGAAGCUCAAUUGGUAGUUAUGGAACCUGAGUUAUGCAAAGAGAUACUGAUUAACAAAGAUGAAGUUUAUCUGCAAUUAAAAAUGAAUGGAUUUGGGAAGAAGCUACUUGGAAAUGGCAUCGGGAAUUCUGAAGGCGAACGGUGGCUAAAACUUCGAAAGCUGGCCAACCAUGCCUUACAUGGAGAGACUUUAAAAAAUAUGGUUCCAGAAAUCAUAGCUAGUGCUGAGAAGAUGCUGCAGAGGUGGCAAAAUAGCGAGGGCAAAGAGAUCGAGCUGUAUCAAGAAUUUAGGUUGUUUACUGCAGAAGUGAUUUCCAGGACAGCAUUUGGCAGCAGCUACUUAGAAGGGAAGAACAUUUUUGACAGGUUGACGAAGAUUUCGUUGUUAUUAUUCAAAAAUUCUUACAAGAUCAGGCUUCCUGUUAUCCGAGAGCUUUUCAAAACUAGUGAUGAAGUUGAAGCAGAGAAGCUUGAGAAGGAAAUACGUGAAACGAUACUAGAGAUUGUGAAGAAAAGAGAAAACAAGGCAGUGGCACAGCAGGAUGAACACAACUUUGGGGGGGAUUUUCUUGGAUUACUUUUGAAGGCUCAUCAUCAUGUUGACAGUAAUGACAGAUACAGGAUAACAAUAGAUGAUAUAAUUGAUCAGUGCAAGGCAUUGUACUUUGCUGGACAGGAAACCACUAAUGGUUCGCUGGCUUGGACCGUCUUUCUUCUGGCACUUCAUCAAGAUUGGCAAGAGGAAGCAAGAAAAGAAGUCCUACAAUUAUUCGGAAAACAGAAUCCAAAUAUCGACGGCAUUUCCAGACUAAAAACUAUGAAUAUGAUCAUCAAUGAGUCUCUAAGGUUGUAUCCUCCUGUUAUUCAACUUGUAAAAAGAACUGAAAGGGAAGUUAGGCUGGGGAAGUUCAUUGUUCCUGCUAACAUUGAUUUGGUCAUUCCAAUUGUAGCACUUCACCAUGACCCUGAAAUAUGGGGACAAGACGCCAAACUUUUCAGGCCGGAGAGAUUCUCAGAAGGGAUUGCUAAAGCUACUAAGAAAAACAUGGCUGCAUUCAUACCAUUUGGAAUGGGACCAAGAAUUUGUGUGGGAUUCAACUUUGCCACCAUUGAAACUAAGAUAGCUCUGUCAAUGAUUCUGCAACGCUACGCCUUCACUCUUUCCACGGGUUAUGUUCACUCUCCUCUUCAGGUUCUUACACUUCGCCCGCAUAAUGGAGUUCAAGUAAUUCUACACUCCUUGUGAAAUUGCUCUCUUGUAAUGAAUAAUGGUUCAAUAUUAUAUAAAUAGGAAGCCUAGAA